AUGGGUGUCCUCAAGGUGUGGCUCAGCGUGGCCCUUGCAUUGGCGGAAUUUGCAGUAUUGCCUCAUCAUUCGGAAGGUGCUUGUGUCUAUCAGGGUUCCUUGUUGGAGGAUGCCACAAUUUGGAAGCCUGAUUCAUGCCAGAACUGCCGUUGCCAUGGUGAUAUUGUUAUCUGCAAACCUGCUGUUUGCAGAAACCCUCAGUGUGCCUUUGAGAAGGGAGAAGUGCUUCAAAUAGCCGCCAACCAGUGCUGCCCUCAGUGUGUCUCGAGGACUCACGGAUCUUGCCAUCAUGAAGGGAAAAUCCAUGGGCAUGGGACAGAGUGGGUCUCCUCCCCAUGUAGUGUGUGCUCUUGCACUCAUGGAGAAGUCCGGUGCACCCCCCAGCCAUGCCCACCACUGUCGUGUGGACACCAGGAGCUGGAAUUUGUCCCUGAAGGAAGCUGCUGCCCAGUCUGUGUGGGCCCUGGGAAACCUUGCUCCUAUGAAGGUCGUGUGUUUCAGGAUGGGGAGCACUGGCGGUUGAGCAGAUGUGCCAAAUGUGUGUGUAACAACGGGGUUGCCCAGUGCUUUGCAGCUCAGUGUCAGCCUCUGUUUUGUAACCAGGAUGAAACUAUAGUCCGAGUUCCUGGAAAAUGUUGCCCACAGUGCUCUGCGCGAUCCUGCUCUGCAGCUGGCCAAGUGUAUGAGCAUGGUGAGCAGUGGAGUGAAAACGCUUGUACCACAUGUAUAUGUGACCGGGGCGAAGUCAGGUGCCACAGACAGGCCUGCCCUCCACUAAGAUGUGAAAAGGGUCAGAGCAGGGCUCGACGUCAUGGGGAAUGCUGUGAGGCAUGUGUGUCUCCUGCCGGAAGCUGCUCCUAUGAUGGGAUUGUGCGGUACCAGGAUGAAAUGUGGAAGGGCUCGGCCUGUGAGUUCUGCAUGUGUGACCGUGGCCAAGUGACCUGCCAGACUGGAGAGUGUGCCAAAGGGGAGUGUGUCUGGGGUGAAGAAUUAAUUCACUUAGAUGGAAAAUGCUGUCCUGAAUGCAUUUCAAGGAAUAGUUAUUGUGUUUAUGAAGAAAAUGCAGAAUUUAUGUCCUCAAAUGCCAGUGAAGUUACACGUAUUCCAGAGGGGGAGACAUGGGAGGCUGGCCCUUGCAAGGUGUGUGAGUGUCGGGGGGCUCAGGUAACUUGCUAUGAGCCCUCUUGUCCACCUUGUCCAGUGGCCACACUAGCCGUGAAGGUGAAGGGACAAUGCUGUCCAGAUUGCACAUUGGCUCAUUGCCACAAAGACUGCCUGACCUGUUCUCAGUCUCCAGACCAUUGUGAUCUCUGCCAGGAUCCCACAAAGUUACUACAGAAUGGACGGUGUGUGCACACCUGUGGUCUGGGAUUUUACCAAGCCAGUGGUCGCUGUUUAGCCUGCCAGCCCCAGUGUGCCGCAUGCACCAGUGGGCUGGAGUGUUCCUCCUGCCAGCCACCCCUACUGUUGCAGCACGGUCAGUGUGUGCCCAUCUGUGCGGAUGGCUUCUACCAAGAUCACCACUCCUGUGCAGUUUGCCACGAGUCCUGUGCAGCAUGCUGGGGGCCCACGGAGAAGCACUGCUUGGCCUGCAGAGAUGCCCUCCAAGUGCUGAGAGAGGGUAGCUGUGAGAGCAGCUGUGGUGAAGGCUUUUACAACAAGCAGGGGAUCUGUAAGGCUUGUGACCAAUCCUGUAAGAGCUGUGGCCCUGAUAGUCCCAGAUGUUUUACCUGUACUGAGAAGACAGUGUUGCUUGAUGGGAAAUGCAUUUCUGAAUGUCCUGGUGGGUACUAUGCUGAUACCACUAGCAAAUGCAAAGUUUGUCAUAACUCAUGUGCCAGCUGCUCUGGACCUACGGCCUCUCACUGUAUAGCCUGCGCCCACCCCCACGUGCUGCGCCAAGGCCACUGUCUGCCCAGCUGUGGAGAGGACUUCUACCCUGACCAUGGGGUCUGCAAAGCCUGUCAUUCCUCAUGCCUGACUUGUGUGGGUCCAGAGCCCUCUCACUGUACCCAGUGUAAGACGCCAGAGGAAGGAUUGCAAGUCGAGCAGCUGUCUGGGGCAGAUGUCCCCUCUGGCAAGUGUCUAUCCCAGUGUAGAGCCCAGUUUUACUUGGAGAACACUGGGCUGUGUGAAGCCUGUCACAAAUCCUGUUUUGGGUGUAUAGGGAAGAGCCGGCAUAACUGCACAACCUGCCAGUCUUCCCAUGUGCUGUUCAAUGGGCAGUGCCUCUCCCAGUGCCCAGAUGGAUACUUUAACCAGGAAGGCAGUUGCACAGAAUGCCACCCAACCUGCAGGCAGUGCCAUGGCCCAUUGGAAUCUAAUUGCACCUCUUGUCACCCUCAUGUUACUCUUAUGGGUGGAAACUGCAGGACCAACUGCAAGGAGGAGCAGUUCCUCAACCUCGUGGGGUACUGUGCUGACUGCCAUCCUCUGUGCCAGCAUUGUGCAGCUGAUCUCCACAACACUGGGAGCGUGUGCCUGCGGUGCCAGAAUUCCCGUUACCUGCUGCUGGGGGACCACUGUGCUCCUCACUGCCCUUCUGGAUACUAUGCGGAAAAAGGAGCUUGUAAAAGAUGUCACUCCUCCUGCAGAACCUGCCAGGGCAAAGGACCCUUCUCCUGCUCCUCAUGUGACACCAACCUGGUUCUGUCCCACAUUGGCACCUGCACCAGUACCUGCUUCCCUGGGCACUAUCUGGAUGACAACCGUGCUUGCCGGCCAUGCAAUACACGUUGUCGAAGCUGUGAUUCACAGGCCAGCUGUACCUCCUGCCGAGAUCCAAACAAGGUCCUGCUCUUUGGGGAAUGUCAGUAUGAGAGCUGUGCACCACAGUACUAUCUUGACUUCUCCACCAAGACAUGCAAAGAGUGUGAUUGGAGUUGCAAUGCAUGCAAAGGGCCUCUGAGAACAGACUGCCUGCAGUGCAUGGAUGGCUACAUCCUCCAAGACGGGGCCUGCGUGGAGCAGUGCUCACCACCGUUUUACAGGGACUUGGGCCUCUGCAAGAGCUGUGGCAGCCACUGUCUGCAGUGCCAAGGUCCCAAUGAGUGCAACCGCUGUGAAGGGCCAUUUCUCCUCUUUGAAGCCCAGUGUGUCCAGGAAUGUGGGAAGGGGUACUUUGCAGACCGGAAAACUCACAAAUGUACAGCCUGCCCUCAAGGGUGCUUGCAGUGUAGCCACAGGGACCAGUGUCACCUCUGUGACCAUGGGUUCUUUCUGAAGAGUGGCCUUUGUGUUUCCAACUGUGUUUCUGGCUUCUCCAGCCUCUCCUUUAAUGGGACAUGUGCUGGCAAAAUACACACCCCUAGUCUUCAUGUGAAUGGUUCUCUAACCCUUGCAAUUGGUUCAGUGAAGCCACUGGAUUUUUCCUUCCUGAAUGUCCAAGACCAAGAUGGCAGAAUCGAAGACCUCCUUUUCCAUGUCGUGAGCACUCCCACCAAUGGCCAGCUAGUGCUCUCAAGGAAUGGAAAAGAGGUGCAGCUGGACAAGGCUGGCCAUUUUAGCUGGAAAGAUGUGAAGGAGAAGAAAGUGCGUUUUGUGCACAGCAAAGAAAAACCCAGGAAAGGUUACUUUUCCCUGAAAAUUAGUGACCAGCAGUUCUUCUCUGAGCCACAGCUGAUCAACAUACAAGCAUUUUCAACACAGGCUCCCUAUGUGCUGAGAAAUGAAGUCCUCCACAUUAGCAGAGGAGAGAGUAGAAGCAUCACUACCCAGCUGCUUGACAUCCGAGAUGAUGACAACCCACAGGAUGUGGUAGUUGAAGUGCUUGAUCCUCCACUUCAUGGCCAAUUGCUCCAAAUGCUUCGGGCUCCUGCAGCCCCUAUCUAUCAGUUCCGUCUGGAUGAGCUCUCCAGGGGCCUUCUCCACUACGCUCAUGACGGCUCAGAUAGCGUAUCUGAUGUUGCAGUCUUGCAAGCCAAUGACGGGCACUCCUUCCAAAAUAUACUGUUCCACGUUAAGACUGCACCCAAGACUGAUGGAGGUCUUCGACUUGUGGCUAAUUCAAUGGUGUGGGUUCCAGAAGGGGGGAUGCUGCAGAUUACCAACAGAAUCUUACAGGCCGAAGCUCCAGGUGUCAGUGCCUCAGAAAUCAUCUACAAAAUUAUGCAAGACCACCCCCAGUUUGGGGAGGUGGUCCUUUUGGUUAAUAUGCCUGCAGACAGUCCAGCAGACGAAGGGCAGCACCUGCCUGAUGGGAGGACAGCAACUCCCACCAGUAGCUUCACCCAGCAAGACAUCAAUGAAGGCAUCGUAUGGUACAGGCACUCGGGGGCCCCUGCCCAAAGUGACUCCUUCCACUUUCAGGUGUCCAGUGCCACAGAUGCCCAGACCCAUCUGGAGAGCCACAUGUUCAACAUCGCUAUCUUACCACAGACACCUGAGGCAUCUAAAUUCUCUCUGGGAGCAUCUCUCCACAUGACCGCUCGAGAAGACCGCCUGACUGUGAUUCAGCCUCAUUCCCUCUCCUUUGUACAGUCUGAGAAGCCAAGUGGAAAGAUUAUAUACAAUAUCACUCUACCUCUGCAUCCAAAUCAAGGUAUCAUCGAACACAGGGACCAGCCUCACUCUCCCAUCCGGUAUUUCACGCAGGAAGAUAUUAACCAAGGCAAAAUCCUGUACCGACCUCCCACUGCGGCCCCCUAUCUCCAGGAGAUCAUGGCCUUCUCUUUUGCUGGUCUCCCAGAAUCGGUGAAAUUCCACUUCACAGUUUCCGACGGAGAGCGCACAAGUCCAGAGACAGUCCUCACCAUUCACUUACUUCCCACUGACCAGCAGCCCCCAGUGUUCCAGGUCACAGCUCCACUCCUUGAGGUCAGCCCAGGAGGCAGAACUUUUGUAGGACUUCAGUUGUUAGUAAGAAAUGCCAACACAGUACUUGAAGAACUCUACUUUGAGCUUCGGAAACCUCCACAGCAUGGCGUGCUCCUUAAGUACACAGCUGAGUUCCAAGGACCCAUGGUUGCAGGUGAUACUUUCACAUAUGAAGAUAUUGAGAAAAAUGCUUUGCAGUAUAUACAUGAUGGCUCCUCUGCCCAGGAAGACAGCAUGGAGAUUGCUGUCACAGAUGGUAUCACCACAACAACGCUGGAAGUAAGAGUGGAGGUGUCGCUGUCAGAGGACCGAGGGCCUCGGCUGGCUGCUGGCUCCUCUCUGAGAAUUACUGUUGCUAGUAAAAGCUCAGCCAUAAUCACGAGGUCACACCUUGCUUACAUUGAUGAUUCUUCCCCCGACGCAGAGAUCUGGAUUCGGUUAACUUCUCUGCCUGUGUAUGGUGCUCUCUUAAGAACCUCAGGACCUGAGGUGGAAGAACUCUCAGAGAUUUCCAAUUUCACGAUGGAAGACAUCAACAACAACAAGAUUAGGUACUCAGCUGUGUUUGAGCAGGAUGGUCAUCUGGUUACUGAUAGCUUCCAUUUCUCCGUCUCUGACGCGGACCACAACCAUGCAGACAAUCAGAUGUUUACCAUCAUUAUCACUCCUGUUGAGAAUCCACCUCCAGUCAUUGCUUUUGCUGACCUUAUCACGGUUGAUGAGGGAGGGAGAGCCCCGCUCUCAUUUCACCAUUUCUUUGCUGCUGAUGAUCAUGACAACCUCCAGGGAGACGCCAUCAUUAAACUAAGUGCUCUGCCCAAAUACGGCUGCAUUGAGAACACAGGAACAGGUGAUCGUUUUGGCCCUGGAGCUACCAGUAACUUGGAGGCAUCAUUCCCUAUUCAAGAUGUCCUGGAAAACUACAUUUACUACUUUCAGAGUGUUCAUGAAAGCAUUGAGCCAACCCAUGAUAUAUUUAGUUUUUAUGUGAGUAAUGGAACCGGUCGUUCUGAAAUUCACAGCAUCAAUAUCACCAUCGAGAGGAAGAACGAUGAGCCUCCCAGGAUGACCUUGUGGCCCCUCAGAGUGCAGCUAAGCUCUGGAGUGGUGAUAAGCAAUUCUUCUUUGAGCCUACAAGACCUGGACACUCCAGAUAAUGAGCUAAUUUUUGUAUUGACAAAAAAGCCUUACCACGGUCAUCUACUCCAGAAGCAAACUGCCACUGAACCACUAGAGAAUGGGACGGUUUUAGCCCAGGGCUCCUCCUUUACCUACCAGGAUGUCCUGGACGAGCUGGUUGGGUACAAGCCAGGUGGCCGUGGUGUGGCAGUGGAUGAGUUUCACUUCUCCCUGACUGACGGCAAGCACACCGACACAGGGAGGAUGGAGAUCUACAUGGAGCUGCCUACAAGUGACACCCUCCAGCUGGUUGUAAACCAGGGCCUACAGCUCUCAGCAGGCUCUGUCGCACGCAUCACGGAACAGCACUUGAAAGUGACCGAUACUGACUCAGACAACCAUCAGGUUAUGUAUAUCAUGAAGGAAGAUCCUGGUGUGGGACGCCUGCAGAUGGUUAAGCGUGACAACCUGGAGCAAAUUUCCAUUAAAGGCCCCAUCCGAAGUUUCACCCAGGCUGACAUUAGCCAAGGGCAAGUAGAAUACAGUCAUGGAAAGGGAGAAUCUGGUGGCAGUUUUGCUUUUAAAUUUGAUGUGAUUGGUGGAGAAGGCAACAAAUUGAUUGACCAGUCAUUUUCCAUCAGUGUUUUAGAAGACAGAUUCCCACCAGUCAUCAUCACGAAUAAAGGUCUGGUCUUGGAUGAGAACUCAGUAAAGAAAAUCACCACUCUGCAGCUGUCAGCCACUGACCAGGAUAGUGAGCCUGCAGAGUUGAUCUACAGAGUCACCAAGCUGCCCCAGCUGGGCCACCUGGAACAUGCAGCAUCACCAGGUAUCCAGAUUAGCUCCUUUACCCAAGCUGACCUGACUUCACGAAAUGUUCAGUAUAUCCAUUCCAGUGAGGCCGAGAAACACACAGAUGCCUUCAGUUUUACGCUCUCUGAUGGAGUCAACGAGGUGACUCAGACUUUCCAUAUCACCAUUCUCCCCGUGGAUGAUUCACUGCCCAUUGUCCAGAGCCCAGGGAUGCGGGUGCAGGAGGGUGUGAGGAAGACCAUCACAGAGUUUGAGCUCAAGGCAGUGGAUGCGGACACAGAGGCUGAGUCUGUCACAUUCACCAUUGUGCAGCCCCCACGUCAUGGCACCAUCGAGCAAACCACCAAUGGACAGCAUUUCCACCACACCUCCACCUUUACCAUGGAAGACAUCUACCAGAACCGGGUCAGCUACAGCCAUGAUGGUAGCAACUCCUUGAAAGACCGGUUCACCUUCACUGUUUCUGAUGGGACGAACCCCUUCUUUAUUAUUGAGGAAGGAGGAAAAGAGAUUAUGACAGCAGCACCUCAGCGGUUCCGAGUAGAUAUCCUCCCAGUGGAUGAUGGCACUCCUAGAAUCGUGACCAACCUGGGGCUCCAGUGGCUGGAGUAUAUCGAUGGCAAGGCAACCAACCUGAUCACCAAGAAGGAACUGCUGACCAUGGACCCAGACACGGAGGACUCGCAGCUUGUCUAUGAGAUGACGACGGGCCCCAAGCAUGGCUAUGUGGAGAAUAAGCUUCAGCCUGGCACAGCUGUUGCUGUUUUCACCCAGGAGGAUGUGAACUUGGGGUUGAUUCGUUAUGUGUUGCAUGAGGAGAAAAUCCAUGAGAUGAUGGAUAGUUUUCAGUUUCUGGUGAAAGACAGUAAACCUAAUGUGGUCAGUGACAAUGUCUUCCAUAUUCAGUGGUCCCUCAUCAGCUUUAAAUAUACCAGCUACAAUGUCAGUGAGAAGGCGGGGUCUGUCAGCGUCACAGUACAGAGGAUGGGGAACCUGAAUCAGUACGCCAUCGUCCUGUGUCGUACCGAGCAGGGCACCGCUAGUUCCAGCUCCAGAGUCAGCUCUCAUCCUGGGCAGCAGGACUACGUGGAGUAUGCUGGCCAGGUGCAGUUUGAUGAGCGAGAGGACACCAAGUCCUGCACCAUCAUCAUCAAUGAUGAUGAUGUGUUUGAGAACAUUGAGAGUUUCACCGUGGAGCUCAGCAUGCCAGCAUAUGCCUUAUUAGGGGAGUUCACCCAGGCGAAGGUCAUUAUCAGUGACACUGAGGACGAGCCUACAUUAGAGUUUGAUAAGAAGACCUACCGGAUCAACGAGAGUGCUGGUUUCCUGUUUGCACCUAUUGAAAGAAAAGGAGACUCGAGCAGCAUUGUAUCCGCAGUUUGCUACACGGUCCCGAAGUCAGCUAUGGGAAGCAGCCUCUAUGCUCUAGAAUCAGGCUCUGAUUUUAAAUCUAGAGGGAGGUCUGCUGAGAGCCGGGUGAUAUUUGGGCCUGGUGUCACCAUGUCAACCUGUGAUGUCAUGAUCAUUGAUGACAGCGAGUAUGAAGAGGAAGAAGAGUUUGAGAUUGUCCUGGCAGAUGCUUCUGACAAUGCCCGCAUCGGAAGGCUGGCAUCAGCCAAGGUGCUUAUUAAUGGUCCCAAUGAUGCCUCCACUGUGUCCCUGGGCAACACAGCAUUCACUGUCAGUGAGGAUGCAGGCACAGUGAAGAUUCCAGUUAUCCGACAUGGUACUGACCUUUCAACCUUCACGUCUGUCUGGUGUGCAACACGGCCCUCAGACCCAGCUUCCGCCACUCCAGGAGUUGACUAUGUUCCUAGCUCUAGGAAAGUAGAGUUUGGGCCUGGUGACACUGAGCAGUAUUGCACAUUGACUAUCUUGGAUGACGCUCAGUAUCCAGUAAUUGAAGGACUAGAGACAUUUGUGGUUUUCCUCAGCUCAGCACAAGGGGCCGAACUGACCAAACCCUUCCAGGCUGUCAUUGCAAUUAAUGACACCUUCCAGGAUGUGCCCAGCAUGCAGUUUGCCAAGGAUUUGCUCUUAGUGAAGGAGAAGGAGGGUGUCCUGCACAUUCCUAUCGUUCGGAGCGGGGACCUGAGCUAUGAGUCCUCUGUGAGGUGCUAUACUCAAGGCCAUUCAGCUCUGGUCAUGGAGGACUUUGAAGAGAGAAGAAAUUCAGACUCUUCCCGGAUUACAUUUCUGAAAGGGGAGAAAGUGAAGAACUGUACUGUCUAUAUCCAUGAUGACUCCAUAUUUGAGCCAGAGGAACAGUUCAGGGUCAUCCUUGGCCAUCCUCUUGGAAACCACUGGAGUGGAGCUAGAGUUGGAAAGAAUAGCAUGGCAACCAUCACCAUAUCUAAUGAUGAAGAUGCCCCCACCAUUGAGUUUGAAGAAGCUGCAUACCAAGUUCGGGAACCUGCAGGGCCAGAUUCCACUGCUAUUCUGAACAUCAAGGUGAUCCGCAGAGGCGAUCAGAACAGGACCUCCAAAAUUCGCUGUAGCACACGAGACGGGUCUGCCCAGUCUGGUGUGGAUUAUUACCCAAAGAGCCGAGUGUUGAAGUUUAGUCCUGGUGUGGAUCAUAUCUUUUUUAAAGUUGAGAUCUUGUCCAAUGAAGACCGGGAAUGGCAUGAAUCUUUCUCCCUAGUCCUUGGCCCAGAUGACCCAGUGGAAGCAGUGCUCGGGGAUGUGACUACUGCCACAGUGACAAUUCUAGACCAGGAGGCAGCAGGGAGCCUCAUAUUGCCAGCACCACCCAUUGUCAUCACACUUGCUGACUAUGACCACGUGGAAGAGGUUACCAAGGAAGGAGUCAAGAAAUCCCCCUCCCCGGGCUACCCACUGGUCUGUGUCACCCCCUGUGACCCUCAUUUCCCCAAGUAUGCCGUCAUGAAGGAGCGCUGCAGUGAGGCUGGCAUCAACCAGACAUCCGUGCAGUUCAGCUGGGAAGUGGCCGCCCCCACUGAUGGCAUUGGAGCCCGGUCUCCCUUUGAGACCAUCACUGACAACACACCAUUCACCAGCGUCAACCAAAUGGUAUUGGAUAGCAUUUACUUUAGCCGAAGGUUCCAUGUGCGCUGUGUGGCAAAGGCUGUGGACAAGGUGGGCCAUGUCGGGACCCCCUUACGGAGCAACAUUGUUACCAUCGGAACAGACAGUGCUAUCUGCCACACCCCAGUGGUGGCUGGGACAGCUAGAGGCUUCCAAGCUCAAUCCUUCAUCGCAACCUUGAAAUACCUGGAUGUCAAACACAAGGAGCAUCCGAACAGAAUCCACAUCUCCGUGCAAAUCCCACACCAGGACGGAAUGCUGCCUCUGAUCUCCACCAUGCCGUUGCACAACUUGCACUUUCUGUUAUCCGAGUCCAUCUACAGACAUCAGCAUGUCUGCUCCAAUCUCGUCACCACCCGCGACCUGAGAGGCAUCUCAGAGGCAGGGUUCCUGGACGAUGUGGUGUAUGACAGCACUGCCUUGGGUCCUGGCUAUGACCGCCCCUUCCAGUUUGACCCCAGUGUGCGGGAGCCAAAGACUAUCCAACUCUACAAACACCUGAAUCUAAAGAGCUGUGUCUGGACCUUUGAUGCUUAUUACGACAUGACAGAGUUAAUUGAUGUCUGUGGAGGGUCUGUAACUGCUGACUUCCAGGUGAGAGACUCUGCUCAGUCAUUCUUGACGGUGCACGUCCCUCUCUAUGUCUCCUACAUCUAUGUGACAGCCCCCAGGGGCUGGGCCUCCUUGGAGCACCACACCGAGAUGGAGUUUUCCUUCUUCUAUGACACUGUUCUCUGGAGAACAGGAAUCCAGACGGACAGUGUGCUCUCUGCAAGACUUCAGAUAAUCAGAAUCUAUAUUCGAGAGGAUGGUCGUCUUGUCAUUGAAUUCAAGACCCAUGCCAAAUUCAGAGGACAGUUUGUGAUGGAGCACCACACUCUCCCUGACAUGAAAUCUUUCAUAUUGACUCCAGACCACCUAGGAGGAAUUGAAUUUGAUCUGCAGCUUCUAUGGAGUGCUCAGACUUUUGAUUCUCCAUAUCAAUUCUGGAGAGCCACUAGCUCUUAUAACAGGAAGGACUACUCGGGGGAGUACACAAUCUACCUGAUCCCUUGCACAGUGCAGCCCACACAGCCAUGGGUUGACCCAGGAGAGAAGCCUUUGGCCUGCACCGCACAUGCCCCAGAAAGAUUUCUGAUACCCAUUGCGUUCCAGCAGACCAACCGCCCCGUGCCAGUUGUCUAUUCUCUCAAUACUGAAUUUCAGCUCUGCAAUAACGAGAAGGUGUUCCUAAUGGAUCCCAACACAUCUGAUAUGUCACUGGCAGAAAUGGAUUACAAAGGAGCCUUCUCAAAAGGUAAGUUGCGUCCGUUGCCUGCAGAAAGAGGCUCUGACCGCAGUCAGCCAGAGGUAACUGAUAAAUACUUCCAUGAUGUGCCUUUUGAGGCCCACUUUGCCUCUGAGUUACCUGAUUUCCAUGUGGUCAGCACCAUGCCAGGAGUGGAUGGAUUUACUCUGAAAGUAGAUGCACUCUACAAGGUGGAAGCAGGACACCAGUGGUACCUCCAGGUGAUCUACAUCAUUGCCCCUGACACCAUCUCAGGGCCCCGGGUCCAGCGCUCUCUCACAGCCUUUCUGAGGCGCAACCGAAGGGACUUGGUGGACCCCAGUGGCCAACUGACCCUUGAUGAUUCUCUCAUCUAUGACAAUGAAGGGGACCAAGUCAAGAAUGGCACCAAUAUGAAGUCCCUGAAUCUAGAGAUACAAGAGCCAAUUGUUGCUGCUUCUCUGUCCCAAACUGGGGCAUCCAUUGGCAGUGCUCUUGCUGCUAUCAUGCUUCUACUUCUUGUGUUUUUGGUGGGUUGUUUCAUCACCAAGAAAUGCCAGAAACAGCAGAAGAAACCACCCACAGAGGACAUCUUGGAAGAAUACCCUCUAAACACCAAGGUAGAUAUGCCCAAGAGGAACCUGGACAGAGUAGAGAAGAACGUGAACAGACAAUACUGCACCGUGCGGAAUGUCAACAUACUGAGUAAAACUGAGGGGGCAUACACGUUCAAAGGUGCUAAAGUAAAAAAAUUGAAUUUGGAAGUCAGUGUCCACAAUAAUUUACAAGAUGGAACCGAAGUUUAA